CCGUGAUUGACAGGAUGAUGAUAUUAGCAAGAUCAUCACGAUUCCCUCCUAAUAACUAAUCUAAUCUCAUCCCCCCUUUCACUUUGAGCACUUUUCCCCUCUCUUGAUGAUCAUAGUUUAGUAAAAAUAGCCCCUCCAUAGUGCGAUUGGGUGUUGUCUUGUCAGCCAAGAAGCAAAAGCAAGAGAUAAAAGAAAAAAAAGGGUGGCCAUGGAAUGUAUAUAGAAGAGAGAAAAGGAAGAAAGGAAGAAGAAUGUGGGAGACAACCCAAAAACACAUUUGAAAGGGCUAUUACUAGUUUGACAGAAAGAGGAACCCUUUCUUUUCUGUCCCCACCACAUUGACCCUCUUCUCCCUCGCAAUUCCACUUCACAGUGAGGCUUUGCAGUAGCCAUUGCCAAAUCCUUUGUGUAUUUAUACCCAUAAGCCACCUUCAUUGCUCUCCACACUUACACACCAAUUCUCUUCCCCACCCUCCCCCUUUUGCUCAUCACCUUCCACUAAGCUUCAACCAUGGCUGACAAUGGCGGCUCAGGUGGGAGUGGUGGCUCUGGAGGCAGAAUGUGGUGCUCGGUGCCUGAAAAGAUGCAACUGCACUUGGCCAUGUUGGCCUUGCAGUUUGGUUAUGCUGGCUUCCAUGUCGUCUCCAGAGCUGCCCUUAACAUGGGCAUCAGCAUGCUUGUGUUCCCUGUGUACAGGAACAUCAUCGCCCUGCUUCUCCUCCUUCCCUUUGCUUACUUCCUUGAGAAGAAGGAAAGACCAGCCAUCACCCUCAACUUCCUAGUUCAGUUCUUCUUCCUGGCUCUUAUUGGCAGUAUCACUGCAAACCAAGGCUUCUACUUGUUGGGCCUGAACAACACUUCCCCAACCUUCGCUUCCGCCAUACAAAACUCCGUCCCGGCGAUCACCUUCCUCAUGGCCGCCAUCCUCCGAAUCGAAAAAGUACGAUUCGACAGAAAAGACGGGAUCUCGAAGGCACUAGGGACCCUCUGCUGCGUCGCCGGAGCCACCGUCAUCACUCUCUACAAGGGUCCGGCGAUCUACACCCCAACUCCGCCGCUAACGAACCUGCUCACCUACGUCUCGAAGCUGGGAGACGAGGCCGACAGCGGGAACUGGACACUGGGUUGCAUCUUCCUCAUCGGCCACUGCCUCUCCUGGUCCGGCUGGCUCGUCCUCCAGGCCCCGAUCCUGAAGAAAUACCCCGCCAGACUCUCCGUCACUUCCUACACUUGCUUCUUCGGCCUCCUCCAGUUCCUGGUCAUCGCCGGAAUCGUCGAGCGCGACGCCCAGGCCUGGGUCUUCCACUCCGGCGGCGAACUCUUCACCAUCCUCUACGCGGGAGUGGUGGCAUCUGGGAUCGCGUUUGCUGUCCAGAUAUGGUGCAUUGACAGAGGGGGCCCUGUGUUUGUGGCCGUGUAUCAGCCUGUUCAGACCCUUAUCGUCGCCAUUAUGGCCUCCCUCGCUCUCGGCGAGAAGUUCUUCCUCGGAGGGAUUAUUGGGGCAGUGCUGAUCAUAAUCGGAUUGUACCUCGUGUUGUGGGGCAAGAACGAAGAGAGGAAGUUUGCGAACCUUGAGAAGGCUGCGAUCCAGUCAGGGCAGGACCAGGGAAGCAACAACAACGGCAGCAGCAGGAUCCACGGCCACGUCAAGUCUGGUCUCAGUCAGCCGCUGCUCCCUCCGUCGGAGAACGUUUGACCGGGAAACCCGUUGACCAUUUCCAUCUCUGGUUAACUACAUGCCUGGGCCUGGGCCUGGGCCUGGGAGGAAGGAUGAUCGGAUUUCAACAAGGCCCAAAGAAAAAUGGACCGGAAAAAACUUGGAAGAAAAUACGUUCUACUAAACAAGGCCUUGUUUGUGUUGUGUGUGAAUGAAGCUCUUUUAUUUUGGGUUUCUCUGUUGGGGUUUGUGGUGGUAGUAAGUAGCUUAUAUAGGAGAUUUUGAGUACUAGGGAGGGAUGAAUAUGGAAAUUUGGGUACUAGGGUGGGUUUAUGUCGUUGUUGUAGAAUGUCGAAUUUCCAGUUUGGUUCUUGCCCCUCUCUUGUGGUGCCCGCCAUGCUUUGCAUGUUUAACUUAUAUAUAUGGGAUCUCCUACAGUAACUUGAGUAUAAUUUCAAGUUAGGUAACUUGUAUAGAU